AUGGGCCAGAAGACAGUUCUCAUUACAGGUUGCAGUGAAGGUGGAAUAGGUGACGCUCUUGCAAAAACCUUUCACAAGAAGGGAUUUCGAGUUUUCGCCAGCGCUCGGAACACCGCCAAAGUCCAACAUCUCAGGGACAUGGGUCUCGACAUUGUACGACUAGAUGUCACUGAGGAAGAGUCAAUCAAGCAAGCAGUGUUAACCGUGAAAGCCGCGACGGGCGGAUAUUUGGAUUUUCUGGUCAACAACUCGGGCGCAGGUUAUAGCAUGCCUUUAUUGGAUUCGGAUGUUUCAGUCGCCAAGAAGAUGUUUGAUGUUAACGUCUUUGCUGUCGUUACCGUCACUCAAGCGUUUGCGCCACUUUUGAUUGCCUCCAAAGGAACGAUUAUCAACAUUGGGUCAGUGCUUGGCAAAAUGCCACUCCCAUGGCAAGGAUAUUACAAUGCAAGCAAAGCUGCAGUUGCUAUCAUGACAGACCAGAUGCGUAUCGAAUUCUCUCCAUGGGGAGUUCGCGCAAUCCUCGUCACUACUGGUGCAAUUAAGACCAAGUUCUUCGACAACCUUCCAAUUACACCACGUCUACCCGAGAACUCUCUCUAUUAUCCCGCAAAGGAUGUGAUUGAGCCAGCAUUGGCUGGAACCGAGGUGGAGAAAAAUGCAAUGGAUGUCAAUUCCUAUGCCGAGGUCGUGGUCAACAACGCAAUCCGAUCAAGCCCCAAGAAGCAUCUUUGGCAGUUUCCGGAUACGUUGCUCCCUCCUGUCUCUCACAUGCCGGAUAUUACGAACAAGAUCCGUGAUGCGGAGAAGGCCGAACAGGAUCGCCAGAAGACAAAAUAA